AUGGAGACUGUCGUGCGCCGCUGCCCGUUCCUGUCCCGCGUGCCUCAGGCCUUCCUGCAGAAGGCGGGCAAGUCGCUGCUGUUCUACGCCCAGAACUGCCCCAAGAUGAUGGAAGUGGGGGCCACGAUGGCCCCCCGGGCCCUGUCAGGGUCUGCAGCGCACUGCCAGCAGGUCAAGGAAACCCCACCCGCCAGUGAGAAGGACAAAACUGCCAAGGCCGAGGCGCCGCUGGCUCCCGGUGGCUCCCCACCGGCUGCAGAUGGCACGCAGCUCCCCCCUGGACACCCGGCCCCGAGCCAGGGCACUGCCAGCAAAUGCCCCUUCCUGGCAGCGCAGAUGGGCCAGCAGGGCAGCAGCGUGUUCCGCAAGGCCAGCCUGGAGCUGCAGGAGGACGUGCAGGAGAUGCAGGCUGUGAGGACAGAGGUUGCCCAGGCCUCAGCGAACCCCAGUGUGCUCAGCGUAAAGACGGGUGGCGGGGAGCCGAGCGGGUUGCUGAAGAACUUCCAGGACCUGAUGCGAAAGCAAAGGCCGGAAAGGGUGUCCCACCUGCUCCAGGAUAACCUGCCCAAGUCUGUUUCCACGUUCCAGUAUGAUCGUUUCUUCGAGAAGAAAAUUGAUGAGAAAAAGAAUGACCACACCUACCGAGUUUUCAAAACUGUGAACCGGCGGGCACAGCUCUUCCCCAUGGCGGACGACUACUCGGGCUCCGUCAGCAAGAAGCAGGUGUCGGUCUGGUGCAGCAACGACUACCUGGGCAUGAGCCGCCACCCCCGGGUGUGCGGGGCGGUCAUGGACACCCUGAAGCAGCACGGGGCCGGCGCCGGCGGCACGAGGAACAUCUCCGGGACCAGCAGGUUCCACGUGGACCUGGAGCGGGAGCUGGCCGACCUCCACGGGAAGGACGCGGCCCUCCUGUUCUCCUCCUGCUUCGUGGCCAACGACUCCACCCUCUUCACGCUGGCGAGGAUGCUGCCAGGCUGUGAGAUCUACUCCGACUCUGGGAACCACGCCUCCAUGAUCCAGGGCAUCCGGAACAGCCGGGUGCCCAAGUACGUCUUCCGCCACAACGACGUGGGCCACCUGCGGGAGCUGCUGCAGCGCUCCGACCCCCAGGCCCCCAAGAUCGUCGCCUUCGAGACCGUGCACUCCAUGGACGGCGCGGUGUGUCCGCUGGAGGAGCUGUGUGACGUGGCCCACGAGUUCGGGGCCAUCACCUUCGUGGAUGAGGUCCACGCGGUGGGGCUGUACGGGGCCCGCGGCGGCGGGAUUGGCGACCGGGAUGGAGUCAUGCCAAAGAUGGACAUCAUUUCCGGAACGCUCGGCAAGGCGUUCGGCUGCGUGGGCGGCUACAUCGCCAGCACCAGCGCCCUGAUCGACACGGUGCGCUCCUACGCGGCCGGCUUCAUCUUCACCACCUCGCUGCCGCCCAUGCUGCUGGCCGGGGCGCUGGAGUCCGUGCGCGUCCUCAAGAGCGCCGAGGGCCAGGCGCUGCGCCGCCAGCACCAGCGCAACGUCAAGCUGCUGCGCCAGAUGCUCAUGGACGCCGGGCUGCCCGUGGUGCACUGCCCCAGCCACAUCAUCCCCGUGCGGGUGGCAGAUGCUGCUAAAAAUACCCAGGUCUGUGACGAGCUCAUGAGCAGACACAACAUCUACGUGCAAGCCAUCAACUACCCCACGGUGCCCCGGGGGGAGGAGCUGCUGCGGAUCGCCCCCACCCCGCACCACACCCCCCAGAUGAUGGACUACUUCGUGGGGAGUCUGCUGGCCACGUGGAAGCGCGUGGGGCUGGACCUGAAGCCACAUUCCUCGGCCGAGUGCAACUUCUGCCGGAGGCCGCUGCACUUCGAGGCGAUGAGCGAGCGGGAGCGAUCCUACUUCUCCGGCCUGAGCAAGCUGGUCUCCGCGCAGGCCUGA